UUGUUUUUGAAGGUGGGUCAGAAAUUCUCGGGGCACAUUCUCUUCCCCUCACUCCAGAACAAGGAAAUAGAAGAGAGAAGAAAGCAAAAUCACAAGCAGCUGCUGUGAGCUUUUAUCCCCUUCCUUCCCUUCUCUGCACUGAAACGACAGAGUUGUGCUGUGCAGAUCCUUCCAGUGCUGCGCUGCUCCAGCCCUGCUCCCUGGGAAAUAGAACAGGGGAAAGAGGGAGAGGAGGAGGCAGCUGAGCCCAGCAGCAGUGAGAAUGUGAAGCCUGAAGAAGCUUCUGGCCACUUUGCUCAGGAAGAAGGAUGGAGAUUCCCAAAGCUCUCAAGUGCCUGACCCUGCUGCUGAGUUUGUUACCCUGCCUCAGAUGUGUGGAGGCUCUCCUGGGAUCGCAGCCCAGCCAAAACCAUUUGCAGAGUGCAGGGUCUGGCUUGUGUGGCAUUGGGCCCCUCGGGUAUUACAAUGGCUCAUUGGCUGUCACUGAGUCUGGGUCAGAGUGUUUGAACUGGGCAGAGUUCCCUGAUUAUGUCCAGCAGUACCCAGACCGGGGCUUAGGGAACCACAACUACUGCAGAAAUCCAGACGGGGGAGCCACGCCUUGGUGCUUCUACCGGCUUGCUUCUGGAGUGAUUGGCUGGGCCAUCUGUGACUGUAACCAGGAUGCUGUGCGGCUGUCUGAAGGUGGCAGGGUGGAGCUGUACUUCAGCAGACUCUGGGGCACCAUCUGUGCUGACCAUUGGACAGACUGGGAUGCCAGCGUGGUCUGCAGGCAGCUGGGAGUCAGUGAGAUAGGCACAGCUAGGAAGAACAUCCAUGCUGCCUUGAGGCUGGUUCCACUCCAUCUGCAGUCAGCAAACUGCCAUGGGGAUGAGAAGGCCUUGCUGCAGUGUGGCUACCAGGAGGCUGCGUCCGGAGCCUGUAACCAGGGAAUUGCAGCAGCAGAGUGCGUUCCUCCUGCAGGUGCUGGGGCCCCGCUGCGGCUGGCUGGGAGAAAGGAGAGCUUCGAGGGGCGAGUGGAGGUCUACCACGAAGGCAAGUGGGGCACCAUCUGUGAUGACCAAUGGGAUGACCGGGAUGCCGAGGUGGUUUGCAGGCAACUGGGGUUUAGUGGGACUCCAAAGGCCUUGUCGUGGGCUCACUACGGGCAGGGCUCUGGCCCAAUCCUGCUGGAUGAAGUGGAGUGCUCAGGGAAUGAGCUGUCACUGGACCAGUGCAAGAAGAAUAACUGGGGACAGCAAAACUGUGAUCACAUUGAGGAUGCGGGAGUGUCCUGUGACCCCUUCACAGAGGGCACAGUCAGGCUGGCAGGAGGCCGCACCCCCAGCGAAGGGAGGGUGGAGGUUUAUUACAGGGGAGACUGGGGCACGGUGUGUGAUGAUGGCUGGACGGCUCUCAGUGCCCAGGUGGUCUGCAAGCAGCUGGGUUUCAGUGGCCCUGCCAGCCUGGCAUCUGAGGGGGAGUACACACUUGGCCAAGGCUUUAUCCUUCUGGACGACAUGGCUUGUACAGGCACAGAGUUCUCUCUCCUGGACUGUCCACACAGCAACUGGGAGCAUGACUGCUCGCAUGCCGAGGAUGUGGGGGUCCGAUGCUCCCCUGAAACCAACAAGAUCAUUGAAGGCACUGCUGGGCCCCCUGUGCGGCUGGCGGAUGGAGAGAGCACCAAGGAGGGGCGGGUAGAGGUGUUCCUGAACGGGCAGUGGGGCAGUGUCUGUGACGAUGGCUGGACAGACAGGGAUGCAGCUGUGGUUUGCAGGCAGCUGGGUUACAGCAGGCUGAGGAAGUGGAUUCUGCAGCAAGGGCUGAAUGGCUCCUGCCCCAAGCUUGGAGCUAGAAUUACAGCAAGUUCAGCAUCUGGCACGUGUGGGAUGCGCUUGCUUCACCGUCGCAAGAAAAGGAUAAUUGGUGGAGACAAGUCCCUCAGAGGUGGUUGGCCAUGGCAGGCCUCACUGCGGCUAAAGGGGUUUCACAGAGACACUCGUCUGCUGUGUGGAGCCACACUGAUCCACAGCUGCUGGGUCGUGACUACAGCGCACUGCUUCAAAAGGUUUGGCACUGAUGUGCGCCGCUACCUGCUGCGGGUAGGUGAUUACCACACAGGCGUGAGGGAGGCGUUUGAGAGGGAGAUGCCCAUCGAGAGGAUCGUCCUUCACAGGAACUACCGGUCCAGCAGCAAUGACAAUGAUAUUGCCCUGGUCAGGAUGCGGGGCAGGGGUAGCCACUGCCUCUCCUUCAAUCGCCAUGUCCUGCCCAUCUGCCUCCCUGACAGGAAGGAGAAGGCUGCCAUUAACAGUCAAGCCUGCAUUAUCUCAGGCUGGGGAGACACAGGGAAGUCCUAUUCAAGAACAUUGCUUCAGGGGGCGGUGCCCCUUCUCCCGAGAGAAGAUUGUGAGGCUCAUUACGGGGGCAAGUUUACUAACCGCAUGAUCUGUGCUGGAAACCUCUCUGAAGAUAAGCGGGUGGACAGCUGCCAGGGUGACAGCGGUGGGCCACUCAUGUGUCAGAGUUCAACUGGACGCUGGGUCAUUCUGGGGAUCAUUUCCUGGGGUUAUGGGUGUGGCCAGAAGGACUCCCCUGGAGUUUACACUAAGGUCAGCAAAUUUGUGCCCUGGAUCAAGAAAGUGACCAAGCUAUAAUUCAAGUCCCUGAGCAUUGAGAUCUUCAGCAUUUAAUCCCUCUUGCCCCUACAGAAUUAAAACUUUGACUCACACCUGGGAAAUGUAGCUUCCUUCUACCUCCACGGGGGGCUGCUGCUUCUGUGUGUACCUGACAGAGACUUGUUUUGACCUUGAACACUGAGAAGAAACUUAACCACCGGGGAAAAUAAUUAUGCCUGUCUCUUGGAAGUAUUUCCUCUCACUGUAGGCCCUAAUCUCUGAAGCAGGCAAGUGGAUAUGAGCUGACAAGACAGACAGCUCUGCUCCUGUAGCUAUCAAAAUCCUGUAGAAAAAUCAUACUUGUCCCUCUGCUCCUGGAUUGGGGGAUGGCUCUGUCAAUAUCACCUACAACUUUUGCAUGUUCACAUACUUUGGGCUUGUCUGCACAUGGAAUGCUAUAGCGGCACCAUUGCACCACUUCUGUGUAGACACUAUGUAUGCCAACGGGAGGGGUUCUCCCAUCGCCAUAGGAAUCCACCUCCUCGAGAGGCGGUAGUGCAGUCUACACAGGGACAUAGGUCGGCUUAACUACAUCACUCAGAUGUGUAUUUUUCACAGUCCUGAGCAACUUAGCUGGGUCGAUCUAAUGUUCUAGUGUAGACCAGUCCUUUGAUGGCACUGUAACAGAAGAUGAGAUCCACGAGAAAUGCCACCAGGCUUUGCUGCAGGGAUCUUUGGAGCGGAUUGCUUGUAGCCACUUCCCAGACCCUACCUCUUGGGCAAUAGGACUGGGUUGGGAGGAGCGGGACAAGGAGGCUGCACAUGUUCUCCUCUCCCCUCCCACCCCCAAGAGGUUUUUUUCUCCCUUUCCAUAUCCCCAUGAGGGACUUGCUCUCUCUGAAUAGGAGCUCCACUCCCAUAUUGUCCCUGGGAACAGUUCUAUCCCUGCUAGGAGACUCAAAGCCUUCCACAUGUGCUCCCCUGACCCCAUAUGUUCCAAAUUCUCUCAGUGUUGUGAGACUCAUGAUAAAAUUGCAAGAGCUGGCAAUAUUCAGUGUUUUUUCUUAAAGCUCCAGCUCCUGGAGUCUGAUGAUCACAUGAGAAUCCUUCCUCAUUUAAAAAAACCCCAAAGUAUCUAGCCAUCAUGGUUGCAAAGAGAAACCUGAAAAUGUGACCACCAAAAGGCUGAAAACCCAGAAGGUAAACAACUUCCCACCCUAUCUUUUGUUAAAGCCACUCUCAAAUGUUUGGGUCACGUUUUGGCAAUACCUCUAUCUACCUGAGGUAAAUGCCCAUCCCCAUGACACCUCACAGUCUUUGGUGUAUUUACCCCUGUGAGAUAGGGAAAGCCUGUUAUCCCUAUGGGAGGGAAGUAAAACAGAGACAGAAAAUCUGUAGCAGACCAGGGACUUGAACUGAGGUCUCCUGCAGCUCCGUUUAGUACCUUACCCACUGGACCAGCUCUGCUUGCCUUUGUAACAUGACCCUUUUCACCCUCCUCAGGAAUCAGAAGUCCAGCUGAUAUAAAUUGAUGUAGCUGUAUUGCUGUAGCUACAAACUAAGGAUCUGGCCUGUGGUCUCAUUAUGAACAGAAUUAAUGUGAUCGUAAGAGAAAACUCACCAAAACUCUUCCUUGUUUUCUGUUUCUCCCAUCCUGGGGUGGGUGACCAAUGUAAGAAAAUCCUAGGACUUCAUUUAUUUACUGGAGACAACUUAUGCUUUUUGAGUAGGUGGAAGGAAAUGAAGACAGACAGGAGGGCUCAGUACCCUCAUGUACCCAAAGUUGUAGCUGCACACAGCAGAGCCAGGAGCAAGAGAACAAAUUAGAGCUACAGAUGGUAAGCAAUAAUACCUGACCAAGGAGUUGAAGAUGGUGCCAAAUAUCCAUGCCUUCAGCAUAAUGCUAGAGGAUGGGACCUGUGGUUCUUGUGCCAGCUGUGUAUGCUUUGGGUUCAGUGUCACAUUGGAGGGUAUGCAUUUGUGGGGGUUACAUGCACAUACCUGCUGCCAUCACGCCUGGGAGGGUAUCUGCACAUGUUGCAUGUAAAUAUACUAUCAGUUGUACAAUGCAGUGUCCAUAUUUUUACACCUCAGUGCAAGAAUAGGUGACUGACACAGGGGUUAUGCACAUAGUGGGUGAAUUAACAAGACAAGUGUUGCUAGUGUCACAGUGCAUGACCGCUGUGUUACAAUAGUAAACCUCAAGGCACAUAGUGGUGUGGUUCCAGGUUUUAGGUUUGAUAGGCAGCAACUGUAUACCACAUUUGCCUUUGCCUUUACCGAGAGACCUUAGUGUAAAGGGAACCUACCAGGUUAAAAAAUCUAGCAGAUUUCCCCACCUCUGAGUUCUCUCACUCUCUCCCGGGUUUGCAUGGUGGUUGGGUUGUGAAUGCAGUAGCGGCAGAAUGUUUCAAACAAGUUUCUGCUGGGAUUGUUAAACUGUGUCUGUUGGUUGAGGGAUGGGACUUUGUACAGAACUUGACUUUGAGUAUUUGACUUGAGUUGAGUCAGAUCUGAUUUGUCAGUGCCCUCGUUAAGGGCUGAGUGUCUGCA